UGCAGGAUGUGAGCGCGUUGCGCUGUCUGGCCCCGCCCAGGAGGAGGGACUUCAGACCGGAGACCGAGCUCUCCAGCGUCCGCCGCUUCAUCAGCGCACUUUCCCGAGAUUAACGUUUGGAAUAUAACGGCGUUCCGCACGCGGUUCAGGAUGAAGGGUGGAGGUUUGGCAGGGAGCUGCAGCCCCUGUUAGAUUCACCGCCUCACCUUCGUCAUCAUCAUCAUCAUCAUCAUGGCCAGUCACCUGGAGCUGCUGACGGAGCUUCAGCAGCUGGAUAAGGUGCCCAGUCUGGAACGGCUCCGGGCCGCGCAGAAGCGUCGCACGCAGCAGCUCAAGCGAUGGGCCAUCUACGAGAAGGAAAUGCAGAACAAGAAGCGCAAGGCCGACAAACGCCGCGGUCACGGGAACCUACGGGAGAACCACAGGAGGGUUUCGUUUGCGGCGAGCAUCGCUCUGCUGGAGGCCUCGGCGAGGAACGAUCCGGAUGAAGUGCGAUAUCUACUGAAGAACAACUUGAGUCCUGAUCUGUGUAACGAAGACGGACUGACAGCCCUGCACCAGUGUUGUAUUGAUAACUAUGAGGAUAUGGUGCGGAUCCUGUUGGGUCAUGGAGCGACUGUCAACGCUCAGGACAAUGAGCUCUGGACGCCACUUCAUGCUGCAGCAACAUGUGGACACACAGGCCUCGUCAAAAUCCUCAUCCAGCACGGUGCUGAUCUCUUAGCAGUGAACUCAGAUGGUAACAUGCCCUAUGACCUCUGUGAGGACGACCCCACGCUCGACAUCAUCGAGACCGCCAUGGCCAACCGAGGCAUCACGCAGGAGAUGAUCAAUGAGAUGAGGGCAGCGGUGGAGAGGAGGAUGCUGGGAGAUAUUCAGAACCUUCUGCAGGACGGAGCCGACGUCAAUCAACACGACUCCCAGGGGGCCACGCUGCUGCACAUCACAGCAGCGAACGGUUACGCACAGGCUGCAGAGAUGCUGUUGGAGGGAGGAGCCAGAACAGACAUGAGGGAUUCUGACGGGUGGACACCGUUACACGCUGCGGCAUGCUGGGGACAGGUCCAUGUGGCCGAGCUGCUGGUUUCUCAUGGUGCCAAUCUAAACGCCAAGACGUACAUGGAGGAGACACCCAUAGAUCUGUGUGAGGAUGAGGAGUUCAGGAAUCAUCUGCUGGAGUUGAAGCACAAACACGACAUCAUCAUGAAAUCACAGCUGAAGCACAAGACGUCACUGUGCCGCCGGACCAGCAGCACGGGGAGCCGCGGGAAAGUGGUGCGGAGGGCCAGUCUGUCCGACAGAAACAAUCUCUGCAGAAAGGAGUAUCAGACCGAAGCCAUCGUGUGGAGAGGAGGACGAGAAGAAGAGGAGCGAGAGCGAGAGUCUGAUCAGGAAAACAGCCACUCGCUUCACCCUUGUGCGGCCCAUUAA